AUGGCUGAACCAGGCAGUAAUAACACAACGCUGAUCGUAUUCGACGGCAACUUGACCGGUAUACAAUGGAACAUCCUAGCUGGACUGCGGCUCUUUACCUGUACCACAACAUUCUCCUUAAAUGUGGCUGUAUUGACGGUGUUCAUCAUGACUAAGAAAUUGCACACACCGUUCAACGUUUACUUGAUCAACCUUCUCGUGGCGGAUAUUGUCUAUGUGAGCCUGUCCUCAUUUCAAGGCGUCAUCGAAUGGUUGAAACCCAAUUGGUGGGGUGGUUUUGCGCUCUGCUGUGUGUACAAAUACGGGAUUAAUGCGCCGGCCGCCUGUAUGAUCUGGUCGCAGGUGCUGGUCACCGUCAACCGCGUGUGGGCGGUCACGUGGCCGCAUUUGUACCGGACACACCACACGGCACGCUGUGCGGUCCUGACGUGUACAGCCAUGUGGAUGGUCAUUCACGCCAUCUGUGUGCCGUAUCUCAUUCUGGAUUCCUGGUGGGAUCUGUUGCCGGGAUCACUUUAUGGGUGCUUUUUUAACUCCGAAGCGCAUUUGCUGUACACUCAGAUUAUCGAGAUCUCCAUGGCCGACUUUCCCGCCCUGUUCAUCAUUGUAACCUAUCCUUAUUUACUCUGGAUGACCCUCAAUCGCCGACACCGUCCCACUCGCCCAUGUCACAGACGCGGCUCUGCCCCCGUGUCCAGUGGGGGCCCCCUCGAUAAAGAACACCGUACCGCAUUCUUGGUCCUCACUCUGCUGACCAUCAGUGUAAUUAUCUUCCUGGUUCCAUUACCGCUCGUCAUGAUGAUCGGGUUAGCUAACAGUUGGCUAGCCGCCAGUGCAUCAUUCCGCGCCUCACUCUGGCUACUAGAGAUCCAGGCGGCGGCGGACACCGUCAUCAUCUUCGUUAGUGUCAAAGAUCUACGGGACACCGUAGCACAGACACUGUGCUGCCGGAGAGGGCGCGGGCCAGAUCGACGGUUCUCACGGAAUAGCGUCGGGAGUAUCGGAUUGAACAUCAUGUUUAUCUGCGGAAAAUAA